AUGGCUCGACGCCCGCGCCUUGCGGCACAAGCUGCUGCGGCUUCAAUGCGUAAGCCCUCGACAAUACACCAACCUAGAUUACUGGUUGUUGACCCUUCGACAGGAACUCCUAUACCAAAUAUAUCCGACAACGAAGACGAGGAAAUGGCAGAUGCCCCUCCCGCCGAAGCGCACACCCCGCAAGAAGACGAGGCGGAUGGCACCAACGAGGAAGAAGAAGAAGAUGAUGAUGUGAAUGAUGCAGAAGACGCCCCGACUCCAUCACGAGACUCGGAACAGCCUUCACGUUCAGCGACGCCUCGACGGUCAGGAAGACAGACAUCCCUUCUUCCACGAAGAAAGAGACUAGGCAGGCCGCCCAAACGUUCCGUCCCUGCCGCUUCAGACGAUGAGAACAAUGAUGCUGCGUCCGAAGUGAGCACGCCAAAGCGCAGAGGUGGCUUUCGCGGUCACAGAGGUGGGAGAUGGGCCAAGUAUCGGGCAGGUGGCUCAAGACCGUCGCAGGCUCCUGUCGACCCUGAUGGGAAUCCGAUGGAGAUAGUUAAUGACGAAGUUGAGCUCUCAGAAGACCCGGAAGGAGAACAGAAAGUGGAUAAAAAUGGCCGUCUCCUAGGCGGAAGAGAGUAUCGAGUACGAACGUUCACGAUUCUCGGAAGGGGUGAAAGACUCUACAUGCUUUCGACCGAGCCAGCACGUUGUAUUGGCUUUCGCGACUCAUAUCUCUUCUUCCAGAAGCACCGAAACCUUUAUAAGAUCAUCAUUGACGACGACGAAAAGCGGGAUCUCAUUGAACGAGACCUUAUCCCUCAUUCCUACAAAGGUCGCGCGAUUGGCGUGGUCACCGCACGAUCUGUUUUUCGAGAAUUCGGCGCCAAAAUCGUCAUUGGGGGGAAGAAAGUGAUCGACGACUAUGAAACGCAGAAAGCACGAGAACGCGGGGACGUUGAGGGCGAAGUGGCGGUUCCAGAAGAUCGUCUUCCGCUUCCAGGCGAGCCUUACAACCGCAAUCAAUACGUCGCAUGGCAUGGCGCGAGUGCAGUCUACCACACCAACACGCCUAAUAUCCCGCUUCCCAAUGCUAAGAUACAGGAAGCAAAGAGACGUAGGAUUGUGGUGACGAGCGACAAUUGGAUGCUUGAACAUGCACGAGAAGCCAGCCGGUUCAACUCAAUGCUGGCGGCUACGCGUCUAGACAACGUCAAGGGCGUGUAUGACAUACACACGAAUGCUAUGCACUGGCCCAGUCACAUGCAGCCUACGCAUGCCCGAUGGGAGGUCGUUGACGAUGAAAAGACUCCCGACACCCCUGAGCAGACAUCUAAGCUUCCUCACCUGGACCCGGUCUAUGGCAGAAAUUUUCGUAUUCAUGACUUCUGCCUGGAAUCAACCCCCGAGUCAUGGUUCGGCACGCCUGGUUCAGGCGAAGAGGGCGAGGGCUGCUUUUCAAUUCCAGCAACGAUUCUCGAAGAGCUCCCAUCGGACUGUUUGCGUGCGCUGGAAGAAGCCAAGGCAUGUGAGGCCGAAUGGCGUGGCAAGUGGCAUACUGAACAGGAGGAUGGUCUCAGAGCACGGUUCCUGACAUCGAUCGAUUGGUAUCCAAAGUGA